AUGCGCGGUUGGGGUAGUCUUCGUGAAAUAGCUAAAUAUCCACUGAUAUGGCCAAUUUACGCUCUCUGCAUCGGUGACUUAUGCUGGAUGUCCUACCAUAUCACUCGUGCUGCCUUGUACAAUCCAGACGUGGUUUGGGAUCACAAGAACAAUCCAGAACCCUGGCAGGAUCAUCGUGAUAAGCGCUAUCGGAUUUGGGCCGGAACUUAUGAUUAUUCUAAACGCCCAUGUCUAGCUCCAAUAAUCAAGGAUGGGCAGGUGAUUCCGGUUGACAAAAGCAAGAAUUAA